AUGUAUAGAACAAUAAUAAGAAAUAUAAAUACUAGUAAAAUUAAAAUAUCUCUACCGAAGAAGCCUUUAGAAGUACAUCGAGAGCCAGCUAAACAGUUCGCUAUCAAUCCAUUUGGUUACCAUAGCGAUCAGCUCAGCUCAGAUCUACUAAGGAAUGUUGUAACAACGAUUAACAAUCAUCCAGAUGCACUGGUUUUAACAAAGGUUGGCGGCUUUUAUGAAGCAUAUUACGAUCACGCGUUGGAACUCUCAAAGUUAUUAUCUUUCAGCUUAGGUGACAAAUCAUACAAUAAAACACGCUUUCCAAUGUCCGGUUUCCCUGCAUACCAACUACAAAAGCAUCUCAGGACGCUAGUCGUCGAUCAUUCUCUCUUUGUCGCGAUAAACGAUCAAUUUUUCAAUCACACAACUGGCACAUUCGACAGGAGAGUAACCAGGGUCGUUACACCAGGUACACUGCUUGAUGAAUCUUCACUUAAUCCAAACACUCACAAUUUCAUCCUCUCAGUCAUCUAUCAGGAGCCUACUCAACAAGUCGCUCUAUCUUGGUCCGAUAUCUCAACUGGUGAUUCUUAUGCUGAGACUUGCAAACCGGCGGAUUUGAAGAGCUACCUAGCACGUCUGUCACCCUCAGAGAUAGUCUUAGAUAUACAAUUAACACCAUCACAAUCAUCCACUUUGCAACGUUUGAUGGGUAGCCAUGAUGCUACUGUCACUUACGCACCGAUGCAAGAAUCAAAAGCCAAACGUUCAAAGGAAUAUACCCCACUCGAAAAUGCAGCUAUAUCACUAUUACAAUCACGCAUUAAAACGUCUUUGAUAGAAAACACACCCGAGAUCUCACCAAUGAGAGACCUUGCAGCCAACAAACUUAUACUAGAUGCUCAAACUAUCAAAGGUCUCGAAUUGAAGUCUACGAUAAGGGAUAACAGAGCAGCAGGUAGUCUCUUAAAGGCUGUGAGAAGGACCUGCACACAGCAUGGUCAUAGAAUGCUCGAACGCUGGCUCUGUGAACCUUCGUCUGAGAUAUCAAAGAUCAGAUCACGUCAUGAUUGCGUCGACUUGUUCAAAUCUCGCUUCCAAUUACGGAGGGAUCUCAGAGGGUUCCUGAAAGAUAUCGAAGAUGGUCCGCGUCUCCUUCAAAGGAUCGUACUUGCGUCGUCUUUCAAGCCUUCACUUUUGCUUUCAGUGAAGAGGGUGAUUGAGAAGUCACAAGAGGUCGUAAACCGUAUCCAAUAUGAGCAUAAGUAUGAAGGCUUACACGCAAAAUCUACAGAAUGGAGCUCUUUGUUAGAGUUAACGAAAACACUCAAGCCUCUGAUAAAAUUCGCCAAUAAAGUCGACCAGGUCAUUAUAGAAGACGCAUUAAGAGCUAAAGAUACUGACGAACUUGAAAAUGAGGGCGAAGCCGAGCCGGAAGAAACUAAGCGGUCAAAUAGUUCAGAUAUCUAUAAUGAUGAUUUUAAGAGGUCAAUAACACCACGAUAUAGUCCCAGAAUUGCCCAGCUCAAUAAGAAGCUCGACAAGCUGUACAAAAGUAGGGAUGAGCUUGCCAAGAUGGUUAGAAAUGACUUCAAGGUUACAGAUUCGUCUCAGGUGUUACUCAGGUCGAAUCAGAAACUUGGCCAUUACAUAACUGCACGGAAAAAUGGUAAUAAAGAUAUACCCAGCGCCUAUCAAGUUGUAGCAUCUCAGAAAUCGACCGCUUCGUAUUCGCAUCCUCAGUGGACGUCAAUCAAGUCAGCUAUCAUAGAUACAUCAGAAGAACUAGAGAAGGCCGAAAGAGAGGCGCUUACGUCGCUCAAAGAUGAAUUGUCUGCACAAAGUGAGGCUUUCAAGCAUAACAAUAACCUUAUAUCCCAAUUAGAUGUAUUACUCUCAUUCGCUGAGUUGGCUGAGGAGAAGAGGUGGACGCGUCCUCAUAUGACAACUGAUCGCACGCUUGAUAUCAAAACUGGUCGCCAUCCUUCUGUGGAGAUCGCCCUCCAGGAUUCUCUCAAUAGUUUCACGCCAAAUGAUACUUAUAUGGACGAUAAGGCUUACAUCAAUGCCAUAUUUGGUCCUAACAUGGGUGGUAAAUCUACUUAUCUACGCCAGAAUGCUAUAAUUGUCGUGCUUGCCCAAGCUGGCUCAUUUGUGCCUGCAGAUAAGGCAGUCGUGGGUGUGGUCGAUAGGGUUUUUUCACGUAUUGGCGCGAGUGACGACCUUAGCGGGGGAAGGUCGACAUUCAUGGUUGAAAUGACAGAAGCUGCAGAGAUUUUGUCAACAUCCACGCCACGCUCACUCGUAAUAAUGGAUGAAAUCGGCCGUGGUACGACAUCUGUGGAUGGUCUUUCAUUAGCAUAUGCUAUGCUCAUCCAUCUUGCUACUGAAAACAAGAGCCGGACGCUCUUUGCUACCCACUUCCAUGAGUUGGAUGACAUGCUCGACGGUCAGAACCUACCUGUGAGAUUCCUCAGCACAGAUCUUGACGCUGGUCCAGACGGCUUCGCGUUCACUUACACUAUGCGCGAAGGCGUUUGUAAAGACAGCCAUGGUCUUAUCGUCGCGAAGCUGGCUGGUGUGCCAGACUCUUGUAUAGCGCACGCGGAAGAGGCAUCACAGAAGAUUAAAAAUAGAUAG